UUGGCUGGCUCUCAAGGCAGAGUCUCUUCUCAAAGGCUGUUUCACAGGGAAAAUAUGCUCAGUGCAGUCGAGUGCAUGAAUGAAAAAGCCUCCGGUCGCUUCUAGUCUGGCAAAAUGCAGCAGAAAACUCAACUAGCUCUGUCCUUUCUGCUGUCCCGGGUGCUGCUGUUAGCGUUUGCAGAUGAUUUAGAAUGCACCCCUGGAUUUCAGCAAAAAGAAUUUCGUAUUGCCCAGCCUUCUGAAUUUGUCGAGGACCAGCUGAUCGUAAACUUGGCUUUCGAUGACUGUGAGGGGAAUGCCACACUGAGCUUUGAAGUCUCCAACCCAGAUUUCAAGGUGAAACCGAAUGGGGACCUAAUUGCAUUGAAAAAUGUAACCGAAGUUGGUCGAACUUUCUUCAUCCACGGGCGGACCGAGCAUGCAGAAGAUAUGGCGGAAAUUACGAUUGAUGGCGGGAGAGAGAUCCAAGGUUCCUUAAAGGAAAUCUUUAAAAAUGCUCGGACCUCAGCAGUCCCACGGCAAAGGCGAUCCAUUGUGGCAUCUCCUAUUUUAAUCCCAGAGAAUCAGAGACAACCUUUUCCCAGGACAGCGGGCAAGGUGGUGGACAGUGACAGACCUGAGGGAUCCAAAUUUCGGCUUUCUGGGAAAGGAGUGGAUCAAGAGCCCAAAGGACUUUUCCGAAUCAAUGAAAACACUGGUGAUGUCUCGGUGACCCGGAGCCUGGAUAGAGAAACGCUUGCCACCUAUCAACUGUUGGUGGAAACUACUGAUGUCAGCGGGAGAAUCAUUGAAGGUCCAGUACCCCUGGAUAUCAUCGUGAUCGAUCAGAAUGACAACCGGCCUAUCUUCAGGGAAGGCCCAUAUGUCGGUCAUGUCAUGGAAGGCUCUCCUACCGGAACGACCGUGAUGCGUAUGACAGCCUUUGACGCUGAUGACCCUGCCACGGACAAUGCCCUCCUUCGGUAUAAUAUCCUCCAACAGACUCCUGACAAACCCUCCCCCAACAUGUUCUACAUUGAUCCAGAGAAAGGGGACAUUGUCACGGUCGUGUCACCUGCACUGUUGGACCGGGAGACUCUGGAAAAUCCUAAAUAUGAGCUGAUCAUUGAAGCUAAAGAUAUGGCUGGUUUGGAUGUAGGGCUAACAGGAACAGCCACAGCUACGAUCGUCAUCGAUGACAAAAAUGAUCAUCCACCAGAAUUCACCAAGAAAGAGUUCCAAGCCACAGUAAAGGAAGGGGUUGUUGGAGUGAUUGUGAAUUUAACCGUGGAAGACAAGGAUGACCCCACUACGGGAGCCUGGAGGGCAGUCUACACCAUCAUCAAUGGAAACCCAGGACAGAGUUUUGAAAUACACACCAAUCCACAAACAAAUGAGGGAAUGCUCUCCGUUGUUAAACCCUUGGAUUAUGAAAUUUCGGCUUUUCACACACUGCUGAUCAAAGUAGAGAAUGAAGACCCAUUAGUUCCAGAUGUUGCCUACGGACCCAGCUCCACAGCCACAGUUCAGAUUACCGUCUUGGAUGUAAACGAAGGUCCAGUGUUCCAUCCAGAUCCCAUGACUGUGACUAAGCGGGAGAACAUCUCCAUUGGCAGUGUGGUGCUGACAGUGAAUGCCACAGAUCCCGACACCCUGCAGCACCAGACUAUUAGGUAUUCCGUUUACAAAGACCCUGCUGGCUGGCUUAAUAUUAAUCCUACAAAUGGAACCAUCGACACUGCUGCUGUUUUAGAUCGGGAAUCCCCGUUUGUCCAUAACAACAUCUACACAGCACUGUUCCUGGCAAUUGACAGUGGAAACCCUCCAGCCACUGGCACUGGGACUCUGCAGAUUACCCUGGAGGACAUCAAUGACAAUGCUCCCCUCAUUUAUCCGACCUUAGCAAAAGUGUGUGAUGAUGCUAAAGAUCUUAGCGUGGUCAUCCUAGGAGCUUCAGAUAAGGAUCUUCAUCCCAACACGGAUCCAUUCAAGUUUGAACUGAGCAAGCAAGCUGGCCCUGAUAAAGUAUGGAAGAUCAACAAGAUCAACAAUACUCAUGCCCAGGUCAGCCUUCUUCAAAGCCUGAAGAAAGCUAAUUACAACAUCCCAGUCUGGGUGUCGGAUUCUGGAAAACCUCCUCUGAGUAGCAAUAUAGAACUGAAAGUACAAGUGUGUUCCUGCAAGAAAUCCAAAAUGGACUGCAGUGCAGCAGACGCCCUUCAUGUCAGCGUGACCUUAACGCUUCUCUUUUCACUCAUCAGUUUAUUUUGUCUGUAAGAGCCUCUGACAUUUGAAGCGCACCUACCAGUUGCCAUGGCAACAAGAAAAGGGGGGAAAAAAAGUCCAAUUUGAAGAUUGCAGUUUACAGUUACUGAACUUCACGACUAGGCCUCAAUUGCUCCAGAUUUCAGUUUAAUUUGCAACUUCACUUAGUCUAUCAGACUGUACCUUCCAUGUUUGACAACAUCUGCCCUUGCUUUAAUUAACAAAUGCCUCUUGCGAGCUGCACAGGUGAUGUGGAUUUUCACUGAAUGUUUAAAGACCAUGACAUCAUACCUGACCUUCUGGGAGCAGGAAAAAAAAAAAAAGAGAAUGACUACUUUUUUUUUCAUAUCCGUUGACAUGUUGCUAUUCCGCUGUUUGAAAAUACUUUGUCUGUGGGUUAGUAUUUGUAUAUGUAUGAGUGUAUGUAUGUAUAUAUACACUGUAUUUAUAUAGAGAAAGUAUAUACGUGAUAGGUUUAGUUUUGAUAUGUCAUUCAUCCUGGACACGUUUAAAGAAGAGGGGGCAUGGCAGCGCAGUUCUAGAUGAGCGAUAGAGUCAAGUCACUGCUAAACCCUUCGUAUAUGCUGCUUCUGUAAAACCAAUAUUGAGAUGAGGACACUCACUGUGGGAGUAAAAUCAUACAAUACUGGUUCCAAAUCUGGACCUGAUGGGCUGAGUCCUUCCUUGCUGACGCUACUUCUCAAACGUCAGCCCCAGAGGUGUUAGCUCUUAAGGCAGCCACGGCAAUCAAGCUGGGCUGAAGGGGGAUGUGGCAGAGGAGGCGGAAAAGCUUUACGAUUGAAAAUUCUUCUCUGAACCCUCAGCAGUUUCCGGAGAGUCAGUGAGAACAACUCUCCACCCCAUUUUCCAACUCUGCUGUGAGACUAGGGAAUCUUGGGAGGAGCAGAAUACGGGAUGUAACCAGCUGCCGAGGAAAGGGCUGAAUUAUUAUUUUAUGGGCAUCUACUGAUCCUUUGGGUACAUUCUGGAUUCUAGGUCUCAGAGUUUUCAGGACUGUUGCUCAUCCAUCAAAAUAUAUUCCCCCACUGCAGGGGCACCGUCACCCUUAAAAGUAGUAGAUGUUUGGCAGAUGUAUGAAGAGAAGAAUAGAAAUCAUAUCGUAGAAAUAUAUACAAAUGCAUAUACAUACAUACACGUGUAUACAAAUUAUUUUCUAUAUAUAAUAUACAUAUAUAUGUACACACAUACGUAUACAGUCCACACAAUCCUAUGGUUUUAAAAGUAAUUUUGGUUUUUUUGUGAAACAACAACCAUUGUUUGCAAACCUGAAAAUAAAGGAUGUUCAUUAUGUAUGAAUAGGAAUCCUUUUUUAUUCCGUGAGCAUGUAAAGGUAACAAGAAAGCUUCUGGUUGUACUGAGAUUACCAUCUUGUUAAUAAAUUGUAAAUUGAACCAUCAAAGCUCACACCAAAUUUUUAUAUGACGCAAAAUUAUACUAGUAACAGCCUGUGGCUUUUAUUAGAGCUUGUCAGUAAUUAGGAUAAGGUAAGUGUUUUAGGACAUUUUAAUAAACUUGCUUACUUAAAGUUUAACAACAACAAAAAAGCUUUCUUAUGCAAUAGAUUUUUGCAGCUGCAUUUUCUUUUGUUAGCCUUUUUUAUAGUAAUUAUGGGUCAGAAUUGUAUUUUGUCUUUAUUAUAGUGAAAAUAUAAAGAUACCUCUCUGUACCAUGUAUUCAUUUCACAAGUAAAUAUUUUGGAAGCAUACAAAAUCCAAACAGAGAUGGUAUUUUCCAUAGUGGUAAAUGGGGCAAGGGUGAUUUAGCUAAAUAGCUUUUCUCUGAUUUUCUGCCAUGUACCAAAUAUCAGUGUUGCUGGGUCUUUCUGUAAUUGAAACUCACAUUAAGUGGAAUAGCAGCAGUAUUGAUGAGGUGGGUUUUCUUCAAAUUGGGUGAUUUCUAGGAUAGGUAUUUAAACUGUCCCUGUUGCGAGAGACCAUUCCUCACCAAUGUCUUUUGGGCAGCCUCCAUUGACUAAGAAGGAAAUGUUUACUCCUGCUACUAAUUCUCCACUUUCAACCUGUUCCUGCUCCAGAUCUGAAAGAGUCCCAGUUGAAAGGGGAAAGCACAGACUUUCAGCUCUGUUGUCCGACUUCAGAAUGCAGCUUCUUAUUAAGAAUCUGAGGUGAGCAUUCACGUAAAAGCACAUUUACAUUUGUCAGUAGCAGAGGUGAGAGUAUUAAUUAAGUGCUUACUGUGUGCAGACACUGUAUUAAGAACUGGGAGAGAAACCACAAAAGGGAAUUAGAUGUAAUCCCUGUCUCUCAGGGGACUCUCAGUCAAGGAGUAAGCGGGCUCCUGAAUAAUAUUUGCAGGAUACCAGGCACUUUUGCCUCACCAAGGAGUAGAAAUACACUCUCGGAAUCUUUCAGAUGAAUACAUGACAGAAACUUGUGUUUUUUUCCACAGAAGUGUAUCCCUUCCUGUCUCUUAGCUUCCACCAUAGUGAGAUGGGUUUUUCAACAGAAACUCAAAUCCUUUGACUAAAUGAUAUUUAAAUAAGAGUGAAAUAGGAAGCUGGUCCACAAGGGUCUCAAACACUUCCCAUUCAUUCACUGCACUCUUGAUCUACUCUACACUCCCCAUUUCAGCAUCUUCGACUCUCCCCUUGUCACAUCCCAUUAACCAGUGAGCACUGUCAGAGCGGAACCCCCAUUUGGAAGGUAUUUCUUCCUCUUCCUCUCUCCUGCCUGCUCCUUUGAAGGAAUGAUCCCAUUGCUUUUAGAAACCAAUGAAAUGGCAUUUAUGGAAUUUCUGGAUUUAUGAGACUUUGUUAAAAGAACAACAUUUCACAUUACGUAAAACAGGCAACAAAAAUGUUGACAGAAAUCAUUUCCAACCCCAUUUUCUUUUUGGUCAUAUUGGUCUACAUGGAUCAUUCAGGCCAAAAAAAAAAAAGCUUCUGGAUGAAAUGUCCAGAGAAUUGAGGUUAAGGUGUUUUUAUUCUCUUGAAUUAUGUGGAUGGCUGCCCCAAUUUUCCUUCAGUGUUAGCAGACCCCUGGUCUUACUUCAAUAAAGAUGACUUUCCCAACUCUCUGUUUACAAUCUACAAAAACCAACUUUUAAUUGCUUUGUUUCUCUCAAUGAAAAGAAUAUGAAAAUUUCUACAUUUAGAAACAUACUGAAUUUAUUUUUAAGAACGCAGAAGAAUUUAAACAACAGUAUUCAUUGUGGGAUGGGUCAUUUUUGACAUCCUGGCUAUCAAAAAUAUUCUCAGUGCCCUUCAUGAGUUUAACAUUUUUACAUGCAUGCCUUCCUGCACUGCUUAUUCAAAAAAUUUAACUUAAAUGACCAAAAUUAAGAAUAUCUGCUGAUUUUGAUGGUAGGUGUCAAAAAGGAUUUGAGAGUCCCACAGAACAGUGUUAGGGUAAAGUGUCUCAUCUACAAAGCAAUUUUUUUUAUUUUGGAGAUGGUCAUCUCAAUUUCCAAACAUAUUACUUUUACCACCUUUUAUUAGCAAUUAUGGGUAUGUCAUCUCAGAAAAUAUGCUUCUCAUAUAUUCAUUUAAAUAGCCUCUGUCUUGAAUGGACAACCCAUAGCUCCUUUUGUUUAAACUUAUCCAAACCAAUGUCAUGGGAUGUAUUUUACAUAUGAAUUAAACUAAAAGAAACACUUCCAUUUGAGGAUGAAAUUAUAGUUGCUCUGUCAUUUAUCUCAUUUCUUUCCUUCUGUGACUCUGUACAGAAAUAUUUUGGUAUCUGGUUAUUAAGUAGAGUUUCCAACAAAAAGCUGUUCACAUGGUUGUUUCACUGUGCCUUCAGGUUUUUAGUUGCCCAAGAAAUGUGAGAGCACCUACCUAUCGACAUGUCAAGUAGAGAACCACAUACCCAUCCAGAGAAAUACACAGAGAAGAUGAGGGAAGAUGUGCAAAAUAGGUUUUUCAAAUAUGCAGUUUAAUUCUAUGAAUUACUACUAAGCCAACAGUUUAGGCAGAGGUAUGAGUUAAAAAAGUCAUUUAAAACAACUGGAAUAUAGCUUACUCCACCCAUCUCUCAUCUAACAUUAUGGAUUUCUUUAUUAAUUGGCUUAUCCUCUGGGUGUUUGUAAAGAUGUAAUAUUUAUGAGUCAUUUGAUUUUAGCUUUCUAUAGGAAAUUGGCCAAAAUGGGGUUGGGCUGGGAUUUGGUGGUUUAGAAAAGAAAAUUGUAACAUUAUGUGAAGCCUUUGUGAAAGUGCUAGAUGGAAAAAUAAUGGACAUCCAUAGAAAGUUAUCUUUUUCCUCCACUUUUGGUAGAAAGAUAUUUAAUGUUCUGAAAUUGAAAGAACCUCGUUCAAUAGUCUACAUGUAAUGCACAUGCACAUAUAUUUGCAUUCAGAUUAUGAAAACAAAAUGAAAAGGGCAGAUUCUGAUGGUUAACACGGUAAAAACAUGCUGAAUAGUGACUUACAUUUCAUUUGUUUCCUAGUGUCAGAUUGCAUUUAUCCAAAAAUGAACUUUCUCUUUAAAUGGUUGUAGGAUUUCAACUGUUUUUGUUUUUUUCAUGAAAGUUCAAGAGAGAGAAAAGUUCAUAUCCUUAGAAUAUUCAUUUCAGUUGCUGAUCCACUUAAUUGUUCUGUUGGGCCCUAGUUGCUGAAUUGCUUGCUGUUUCUGAGGUGUAAAUAACGUUUUGAUUUAUGAUGUGGUUGCAAAGAAACUUGUAAUUUAUUUGUGAAAUGCUCAAAUAAAGGAUGUCUGGGCUUUUA